AUGUCAAGCUUUCCUGGCAGCAUAUAUGAGCGGUUCUUGGUGGACAUCUUUAUUGAGGCGGACUUCAACAGUUUGGGCGUACUCGACGUGCGCAAGCUGCACACGGCCCUGAAAGCAAUCAUAACUUACCUGCGGUACCGCACCAUCUCGCUCAGGACCACAUAUAUGCUGAUGGCCCUGGUCGAUAUUGGAAGAAGGGGAUUCCUGAAUAUACAGCAGUUCUUUUUGCUUCAUCAGGUUGUUAACCGCUUGUGGAAGUCCUUCCGGCUCUAUGACCUGAACAACUCUGGCUGGAUUAGGCAUAGCGACGUCCGCGCUGCUGUUGCCUGCAACAACGGCCUUCAGCUCUCCGAUCAACAAAUGAACGAGGUGCUGGGUCACGGCGAGCACCGGAUCUGGGUUUCUCUGGACCAAUAUUUGCAACUCUGCGUCUUGUCCAUACUCAGCCGUUACAACGUUUAA